CGUCUACCUCAGCUCAGGUCCAGCGGAAAAGAGAGGUCGAAACAACCAUCUAGAAGAAGGCAGCAGAGAAGCAGAGAAGCAGAGAGCCAGAGAGCCAGAGAGCCAGAGCCAAUAUGGCGAUAGAAGCCAUGCCGAACCCAAGCACGCUCAGACAGGCAUUCGAGCACGAGAUCUACUCCUCCGACGGCACACCUCUGUCAUUCGGCUCCCUCUUCAACACGGGUCACCAAGGUGACGAGCGUCAACCCUCUACUAGUAUUCUGGUCAUCUUCAUCCGUCACUUCUUCUGCGGCAACUGCCAGGAAUACAUCCGUCGCCUGUCGUCUCCAGACUCCCCCUUUCAUCCAUCGCGUCAGCAGCACGCGUACCUCAACUUCUCAAAACCAACCACAACUCCACCUCCGUCCGUGGUCAUCAUCGGUCCGGGCUCACCCAGCCUGCUGGCUUCAUAUUCAAGUCGAACACAAUGUGCUUUUCCCGUCUACGCGGACCCGAGCACGCAAUUAUACGACAUCCUCGGCAUGCAUCGGACAUUGUCCAUGGGCGCCAAGAGUCCCGAGUACAUCCAGCACUCGCUCUUCAGCGGCGCGGUGAAAUCGGCGUGGCAGAUCGUCAAGCGCGUGGGCAACGGCGACGCCAUGGACGGGGGAGAUUGGCAGGUCAAUGGUGGUGAAUUCCUGUUUGUCUGGACGGACCCAUUAUCGACCACUCAGCUUGUGCAUGCUCAUGCUCGCCACAGAUCGCGAUCGCGUUCACGAUCGAAAUCCAACAGUCCUCCUGCUCCUGCGACACGAUCGCAGCCAUCAGCAAGUGAACGGGUUCCCUCCUCUGCCACGGGACUUAUUGCGGCCACUAGUCGUUCAAGCGUGGCUGGAUCAUGUUCAAGCACCAUCAACAGCACUGGCAAGUGGGAGACACGAUGGUGCCACCGCAUGCUGAAUUCCCGCGACCACACUGAACUCGCCGACUUGGAAUACCACGCCUCCGCCUCCGUUUUUGCGUCCCUCCCAUCGUCGUCGCGCCCGGGCUCCCGCGCAAACUCUCCUUCGCCACUACGCUCGAUCCUGGUCAAUGGCAACACCAACACCAACACCAACACCGACACGAAGCCCCAUCAACCUCGUCACAGCACCAAACACCAUUCGAAAACGCGCUCACUCACUCGGAGCUACUCAUCCGACUGUCUGGGCUCAUGUCCAGGCCCGGACGUACCCAAGUCGCACGAGGAGGCACUCCUGAAUCAGGCGCUGUAUUCUGCACGUGCACAUGCACGGCCGAGUUCGAAAACAAGCCAGCGCACCACCGUCGUCAAUCGGCCGAGGAGCUCGAGUCGAACCCAGCAUCAUCCUCAAAGGUCGAAAAGUGUGGCGUCAACGACAAGACCUGAGUCCAAGGCCACGCAGUAUACUCUUGCCGAAGGAGAAGAAGAACAAGAAGAGGAGGAGGAGCGCGACGGGGUACAGCCUCGGAAAAGUUUCACAACGACCCUGGCGUCGAGGGUGGGCAUGGUCAUCAGGUCGAAGUCGUUGUCGUCGGCCAAGUCACACUCACACCAUUAUCCUCGUGGACCGCGAACUGCACUACUGGGCGAGGAUGAUAUUGUCGCGGCGGAUGGCGAGCCCGAGCCCGAGCCAGCGGAGGACCUACUAGUAGUCGAAAGCAGUGGCAGUGGUACGAAACGUUCGAUUUCGAGCCUCAUACGAUCCGCGUCGAAGAAGGACAAGAACAAGAACAAGACGAAAGCCGUGCGUCGUCCGCAAACCGCCACGCCUACGCCCGUACCUGGACCUGGACCCGUCCCCGUUCCCACUUCCGCCUCGAGCCAACACGAACGAUCGGACUCAGCGGUAUCUGUAUCUUUGUCAAAGACAUCACCCGCCGAUGAAAAUGGAGUACCCGCGCCCAUGCCCGAGUCCACAAAGGAAACAAAAAGAGCGAACCCAAUAUCCUCCCUCCGACCAUCGCUUUCCCUUUCGCGAAAACCCAAACCCAAAGCCAACAAGACAACUACAACGACGACGAGGACGACGACAAAACUCAGGACCAAGACCAAGACCAGGCAAAGGAACACGAUCGAAAUGGAUGAUAACGGAAUCAUGCUCGUCGAUGGCGUCGAGUUCGUCAAUGUCAUCAGUCUGAAGGCCAGGGUUGAUAGGGUUGACAGUGGCUUUUCCGAGACGACGACGGCGUCGGGCGUGCAUGUUGAUGCUCAUGCUGAUGCUGAUGCUGGCCAACGAGGCACACCACCCAUAUCCCUACCCAUACCAAUGCCGAUAUCCUUGCCAACGGCAGCUGUGCAGGGGUGAAACAAAAGAGAUAAAAAGCCGAUCUCCUAAAUUCAAGGGUGAGAGCAGCUUAGGAGAGUGGUAUCAUGUCAUAUCAUGCCAUUCCAGUACUAGUAAGACUCUGAUACUCGC